UUGGCGCGCCGCUACCGCCAGCACUAUCCCAACCGGCGCAUCGUCGCCUUCGACAACCUCAGCCGGCGCGGGUCCGAGCUGAACUUGGCCGACUUCAGGGCGCGCAACAUAGAAUUCAUCCACGGCGACGUGCGCUUUCCCCGCGACUUGGAAUCGCUGACAGGCACCUUCGACCUGCUCAUCGACGCGGCGGCCGAGCCUUCAGUCCACGCGGCUACCAACGCGAUCGACACCAACCUCAAGGGCACUCUCAACUGCUUGGAGUGGGCGCGCCGGCGCGCUGGUGCUUUGCUCUUCCUCUCCACCUCGCGGCCUCAACCCAAAGACCCUCAGCCAGCGGGACUGUCGGCCGCGGGCAUCGGCGAGUCGUUUGCCACCUCCGGUCACCGCUCGCUGUAUGGCGCGACCAAAUUGGCUUCCGAACUCUUCGUCCAAGAGUACUGCGCUGCCUAUGGCCUGAAUACCCUGAUCAACCGCUGCGGCGUCAUCGCCGGACCGGGCCAGUGGGGCCGAGCCGAUCAGGGCGUGUACGCCCUGUGGGUCGCCGGCCACUACUUUGGCUUGGGGCUGCGCUACACGGGAUUCGGUGGCCGCGGCAAGCAAGUGCGCGACCUCUUGCACCCGGACGAUCUCUUCGCCCUGUUAGAGGCGCAAGUGGCCUGUCCAGCCGCUUGGACGGGCGACGUGUUCAACGCCGGCGGUGGCCUCGCCAGCUCGACCUCGCUGGUGGAAUACACCCGGCUCUGCCAAGAGGCCACGGGCCGCACCCUCGCCAUCGGCUCGAUCCCUGAGACCCAGCCGACCGACAUCCCCUAUUACGUCACGGACAAUGCCAAGGCGCAGGCGGCCUUUGGCUGGACCCCGCAAAAGACCGCGCGCGACAUCGUCGGCGACAUCCACACUUGGCUGGUGGACAACGGCGAUCUGGUCCGCCCGAUGUUCACUGACCUUACGGUCAGCGAGUGA